UUAUCUCAAAAUGAUUUAAACUGAUUGAAUGAAUGCAUUGAAUAUUAUUAAUAAAACAGUGAUUUUGUUGAAUGCAUUGAAUGUGAUAUUAGUUGUCAACAAAAACUAUUGAGUGAUAAGACAUUUAUUGAUAACAUUUUGUUCAGUGUUUUCAUUGUUUGUGUCGUUUCUCUGCAUUUUUAUCGUCACUUUUAUUUGGUUACUGAAGAGACAGCAAAACAAUAGCAUAUAAAGCGAUGGACGAAAAGCCAGCGCUAGACUCGGCGGCCACUACUCCGCAGAUCAUUGAAACACAUCAUCUGAAACUGUGGUCAAAGAUUGCCGCCAGAGAUAUACAAGACUUGGCGAGUAAUCCGACGGACGAAAAGAUGCACCGAAAGAGUCCGUUCCCGUACUCGCCGGCCAUCAACUCUAAGGUCGCCCUUUGGUUCGGUGAUAUCACUCAGCUAUCGGUGACGGCUAUUGUCAAUACAACUAAUGAACACUUCAAUGAGAGAUCAGUUCUUAACGAAAGAAUUCUUACUAAAGGCGGACCACAAAUGAGACACUUUUUGGCAGAAAAGUUGCGGAUCUGUAAGACAGGUGACGCAAAGUUAUCUAAAGGGUAUGAUCUGCCGACCCGUUAUGUCAUUCAUACAGUUGGCCCCAAAUAUAACCCUAAAUAUCAUACGGCGGCUGAAAAUGCGUUAUAUAAUUGUUAUUCAAAAGUACUUCAAAUCAGUCGCGACAAUCAAUUCAAGUCAUUAGCUUUUUGUGCGAUAAAUACUGCAAACAGAGGUUAUCCCCGACAGUCGGCCGCUCACAUAGCUCUUCGAGUUGUUCGCAGAUUUCUUGAACAUUACUCCGAAUCUAUUGAAUUGAUUGUGUUUGCCGUCGAAGACAUAGAUAUUGGGUUUUAUGAACUUUUGAUGCCUUUUUAUUUUCCCCGUUCGGAACCUGAAGAAGAGUACGCAUUAUAUUAUUUACCACAAGAUGUCGGAGGAGAUAAUGGAGAACCUGUGAUACCGGAGCGCGAAAUACGAAUACAAAAGGCCAAACCAAAUACAAUAACAAGUGUUGAGGAGAGUGUCGACCUGUCCAGUGGUCUCGACUCAUCAGUCGCUGUCGGAAAGACAGCUUUUGCCAAAAUGCAGGGGGAUUUGGAUAAAUACAGGGGUCGGUCGGCAAUUACUCCCAAAAAUUAUGAUCCAAUGACUCAAGAAAUCCAAAGACAACAUAGAUAUGAACGACUGUUGCGUAAAGCAAACGUUGAAGACUUUAGUGAUUAUAUUAGUGCCCGAUGUCUGUACAUAUCGGGUGAAGACGUAAUGGGUAGACCUGUUGUAGUGAUAGUCGGAAAACGAUUCAGAGCCGACACAAUGAGUAAUGAGCGAACACUCAUGUAUUUGAUUCGUUUAUUGGAUCCGAUUGUCACCAAAGAAUAUAUUGUGAUAUACUUUCAUAGUAUGACUCAAAAGGAGAACAUUCCGUCCAUUAGUUUUGUCCAAAAUGUUUACAAUCUUUUGGGUUACGAAUACAAGAAAAAUUUGAAAGCCUUUUAUCUAAUUCAUCCGUCAUUUUGGUGCCGUCUUAUAGUUUGGUGGUUCACAACAUUCAACGCAACUAUACUUAAGCGUAAACUAUUCUGCAUCGGAGGCGUUGAAUAUCUAAAGAAUGUAGUUUCACUCCAGAAACUACAGGUGCCGUCCUUUGUCAUGGACUAUGAUUUUAAGGUUAACGGUGUUCGCUAUAGUGAAGUACAAUCACCACAACAACAAACAAAUGACAGCUUAUAGACAGACACACAAAGCAUAUGAAAAAUGAAAACAAAAGUAAAGAAAAAUAAUUAUUAAAUAAUUAUUAUUUCUCUUCAUUUCCCUAAUAAUCGCUCAAAAUAUUUAG